UACGGUAACUCUACCAAAAUAUAAUAAUCUGUUAAACGAUUGAUCGAUAGUCGACUUACGUAUCCCUAUUCACACAGCUGCUAGCUUCUGAAGGAAAGGAAAGUUGCUCUGGGCAUUUGUGAAAUUUGUAACAUUGUAAAGACAGCAUAAUAAUGGCUAUGUUAGCUAGAAAUCUUGGACGCACUCUUGUGCAGGGUCUUCAGACAAGCGCUUCGCGUUCAAUUCAAACUACAGCUGCUGUCAAUAGUGAUCCCGGUACUCAUGGUGGUAAUCGCACAACAUGCACUUUGAUUCCUGGUGAUGGUGUUGGCCCUGAGUUGGUAUAUGCAUUGCAAGAAGUUUUUAAGGCAGCCAACGUUCCUGUCGACUUUGAGUCCUAUUUCCUUUCCGAAGUCAACCCUGUGUUGAGUGCUAAAUUGGAGGAUGUUGUAGCCUCAAUUCAAAAGAACAAAGUUUGUAUUAAGGGUAUUUUGGCCACACCCGAUUACAGUGUUUGCGGUGAAUUACAAACUUUAAACAUGAAACUUCGUAACGAAUUGGAUUUGUAUGCCAACGUAGUACAUGUUCGCAGUUUACCCGGUGUUAAGACCCGUCAUCAAGAUAUUGAUACCGUUAUUAUUCGUGAACAAACCGAAGGUGAAUAUUCUGCCUUGGAACACGAAUCCGUACCCGGUAUUGUGGAAUGUCUUAAGAUUAUCACUGCCAAAAAAUCAAUGCGUAUUGCCAAGUUUGCAUUUGAUUAUGCUACCAAGAACAAUCGCAAGAAGGUUACUGCCGUUCACAAGGCUAACAUUAUGAAAUUGGGCGAUGGUUUGUUCUUGAGAUCAUGCGAACAAAUGGCCAAAUUGUACCCACGCAUUCAAUUCGAAAAGAUGAUUGUAGACAAUACUACCAUGCAAAUGGUAUCUCAUCCUCAUCAGUUCGAUGUUAUGGUUACACCAAAUCUAUAUGGUAACAUUGUGGAUAACUUGGCUUCCGGUUUGGUUGGUGGUGCUGGUGUUGUUGCUGGUGCUUCUUAUUCUGCCGAAACUGUCGUAUUCGAACCUGGUGCACGUCACACCUUUGCCGAAGCCGUAGGCAAAAAUGUUGCCAACCCAACUGCUAUGUUCUUGUGCGGUACAAAAAUGUUGCGUCACAUCAACUUGCCUUCCUACAGUGAUAUGAUCAACAAUGCUCUCCACACUGUACUUAAGGACGGCAAAGUCAGGACCAAGGAUUUGGGUGGCCAAUCUACUACUCAAGAUUUUACACGUGCCGUCAUUGCCAACAUCCAUUAAGCAUUGUCUUUAGGGAGCCGAUCACAACCAACAACAAUAAAGAAUAACAAAUUCUUCAGUUGCUUUCCUUUUAAAACCAAAUACUAAGUUAAAGCUGUUGUGCAGGAAGCCAAGAUUCAACGAGGUGUUGCUUUCUAACUUGUUUUAAAAUACACUAGCACCUAGCCACCUUCCCUUUGCCGACAACCUAACUCUUAUUGUUUUCUAUUUUUUAACUUGAUGUAUUUUUUCAACUUUAAGUAUUAAUUUGGCGAAUAUUUUUUUUCACUUUUAUUUAAAUCCUACAUCUCUUUAUAUUUUAGUGUGUUUUUAGUCAAUUGUGUCAUUGUCUCUCCCCCACCCACCAAUUCAAAUGUAUUGUAUUAAAAAUAUAAAUUGUUUUAUUGUAUUAUAAAAAAUCCUGCCAUCGUCCCCGUCAA